AUGGCGGUGCAGGGGGAUUUGCGUAUCCAAAGAGAACUGGUAAACCCACAUUUCGACGGAUAUAAACUUUCCCUGGAUCAUUUACCAGUUUACACCAAGACGUUAAAUAAAGGCAUUGAUGUCAGUAAGUUGACAGAUGAGCAGUUCUCAUAUCACCAUGCAAAGCUGCUGUCUGUACACAACCAUUUGAUUUCUGAUCCAUGGCAACCUCUGUCAGUUUACUUUGUUGAUAGUGACUGGGCCGUUCACAGAGCAUUUGGUACUGAUGGAAACCGUGUUGACAUCAGUGAUUCGUUAUUUGGGAUCCCUGAGUCGGCGAAUUUGAGGCUGCAACAUGGACGUUUUAAUGUGACCCUGACCUUCCCUACAGAACAGCUGGCAGUGCUGUCUGACGGGGCAGGGAAUCUGUAUCUUUUGGACACUGGGGACAGGAAAGGGGUGCCAAAACAAUGGAAGAGCCUGUACAGCAAGCCGGUCCUAGGUGAUGGGAAGCAGUUUGUUGUUGUUGACUCUGUACAUCACUCGGACAAUGAGACAGACCGCGUGGAGUGUCUCCUCCUGUACGUGGAGGAGAGGGAGGCCGAGGCUGGAUCCUCCAUGUCUCCUUUCCUCACAGUCAUUGAGUGGAUCACCAUAGUGUCAGUUGACAAGAAGACCUGGUGUGUGGAGAGGACGAGACGACUGGAGGGAAGCAAGCCCUAUGACUAUGCUGCUUUAGACAAGGGAGGCAACUCUGUCCUGAUUUCGGCCAGUCAGCGCUACAAGCUGGUGUCAGAUUCUGUGAAGCCAGUGCAGCCUGAUUCAGAGGGGGACUGGGAAGUUGUGGGGAGAGAUGACAAGCUCCCAGAAUACACCUGGACACAGGACAACGAGGACAUACAUGUCCAGUUCACUGUCCCGACCACGGUCAGCAAGGCCGACAUCUAUCUGACCCUCAGUGCAGACCAUGUGGACUUUGGGGUCAAGAACAGCACAGUGCUCCUGAAGGGGGCGCUGCACACCGAGGUGGACGUUGAGGCCAGCACAUGGACCAUCGAGGGGCAGAAAUUGGUUCUGUCCUUAUCCAAAGAGAACCAGACUGCGUGGCCGACUGUUGUCAUUGGUGACAACAGAGGAGAGAUGGUCUUAGACCCUGACCAGAUCAACCAGAUUCAUGAGAGACUGGCCUCAUAUACGUCAGAUCAGAUGAACCCCGCCCCAGAGGAGGACCAGGGGAAGCCAUUCAACACCCAGGAUCUGGAAGACUGUGAUGCCAGCACUGAGGACAGUACAUGGUUCAUGCGGAUAGAUGGGGAAACUCACAAGAUUUCUAAUGAGGUGUAUCUCAGCAGUCAUCAGUGGCUGUUCAACGUGUGUCUGGAACCCAGUAAAACACCCGCUGUGUGUCUCAGGUACGAUUGCGAUGGGUCACUAUGGCAACCAAGUGAUGCUGCGAAAGAUGGCAAACAAAUUCUCGAUCAUGUCGGAAUGCUGCAUGCAUUUGGAUAUGUGCAAGCAUCUAAGGUCCAGCGAAAGUUUUCUUCCUGCUCCCCAGAUAUGUCAUACGCUGUGAUAUCUGACUGCACACGACACCUGUACAUUUACAGGCAACAUAUGCCGAUUGCCUCCCCUUUGAGGAACAGGAAAACCGGGCGGCAGGUGAAUGCAGUUGCUAAGCAACAAGUGGUUGCCCUAGAUACCACCGAUGACAUUUUGGGACUGCGGGCAACUAAUGACAGAAUAUUUGUGAUGACGAGUAGUUCGCUGUUUGUGGUGAGACUACACACUGAAGAGUAAACUGGCAUGAGUUUGUUAUUCUGGGAUGAACAAUUGUGUUGGUUGUGUGAUGCCAUCGUGCAAAUACGAGGCGGAAUCAGAAAUACAGACUCGCUGACAAAAGAGGGACUGAAAUUCCUAGAAGAAUAUUCUCACGAAGAUGGAGCCAUGCUAUGAUAUUUAAAAUAUUGAUUAUAUAUUGUCCUUUUACACCUGAUAGUUAAAAUAAGUACACUUAUUAUAGAAUGUCUAUGAUAUGCAAUGGUCUUUGUCAUGGUUGUGGCAGUCAGGGUGAUAGGCCAUCAGCUGUGAAUGUCUGCAAAAUAAAAUUAAAUAUACAUGUAAAUGAAUCAUAUUCAUUACAUCCAUUGACCUAGCACUCACUUGUGUUGAUUAAGACCAGAAUGUGUUUCCUGUAUGUGAAUAGUGCUAAAUAGAUAAAAUAUGGUAAUAAUAUUUAAUUAUGUCACAUCUAUAACAAUAACAGUGAAGGUACAUGUCAUGAUUUUGAAUUUAUGUUUCUGACUAGCCACCGAGUCGGUUGACCUACAUUCCAUUACCAUUUGAAAGUGCAUCAGACUUUUUUAGUACUGAUUUCUAGAAGGUUAUAUGAAUUGGAGGAAAAGUUGUACUUGUUGUUUGAGCAACCACUUGAAAUCAUCACCAGAAGGUGAUUAAAAUGGUCCCAAUAGGCCCUGUAAUUCUCGCGAGGCCCUACUUCCGGUACUAAGCUGGUUCCUGGCCCCCUUUGUGUGUGCCAACUUGUGAUAUGCGAGAUGGCGUCCAGCUCCUGGUUCCAAAUUGCAUGACCGCCAAAUAUGACUUUACUAGAUCAGACCACGUGUACGUUGUAUGUCACCGGUCUCGUGAGGUGCCGUGACCUACUUGCGGGCCCAAUACACUUACCUUUGCUGUAAGGCCAGCAGUUGAAUCGUGUGGUCAGGUGACUGGCUUGAUAACAUGUCACUGUUUCCUGGUCUCGUCGUCAAACUUGACCUUUUAGAGGUCAAGGUCAUAUAGCUGGAAUAUGGUUGUGUGUUUGUGAUAUUAACAAAACACACUAAUCAUGUAGGGAACAUCGGUGUGAAAAGUUUAUUGUGAUUUUAGUGCUCAGAUGAUGGAGAAUAUUGUUAAAAGCUAAUCUGUCAACUUAUUCCAUAUGUUUUUGGGUUAUAUUACAUAAUGUUUGUGGUGAUGUUCUGUCUUGAUUUAUGUAGGUCCUUGAUUGUCUUUGACAAGUUGCAUAAAAAUGAGUUUAAGACCACAAACUUUAUGGAUAACAACUUCUUUAAUUUUGUGAGUGUGA